CUAUUUGCGCUUGGCCUCCUCAACCUUUUGUUACUUUAUUAUUCUCUUCGUCACUCUUUCGCUUACUCUCAUUUGGUGGGUUUCCAAGUUUUACUGCAACUGGAAGCUAAACCAAGUGUGUCCCAGUUGCUUCUCUUUUAGAGUGUAAUUUAGUAGCAGCGCAGCAAUUUACCCUGCACCAGAAAUAUAUGUGAGGUUUUCCAUUUGACGAUCGACAUUUGAGUAAAGAGCCAUGGAAAAGGAGAAUAAUACAGCUGUGUCAUCAUCUGCUACUGCUAGAGUACGGCACCGUAAACGGUCCAAUGAGGUUGUUCCAGAGCCUAAAGCAAAUGGUGGAAAUUUUCUUGCUGAUGACCGUAACAAAUACAAAUCAAUGUGGAUCCGAACACAUUCUACUGUUUGGAUGAUUGGGGGUUUUGCAUUAAUUGUCUACAUGGGUCAUCUCUAUAUUACAGCUAUGGUGGUGGUUAUCCAAAUAUUUAUGGCAAAAGAGCUUUUCAAUUUACUUAGGAAAGCUCACGAAGAUAGCCAUCUUCCAGGAUUUAGGCUGUUAAAUUGGCACUUCUUCUUCACUGCAAUGUUUUUUGUUUAUGGCCGCCUUCUUAGCCAACCACUUGUCAAUACUGUAACUUCGGACAAGUUUUUGUAUCAGUUUGUUAGCAGCCUUGUCAAGUAUCAUAUGGCUAUCUGCUACUUCUUGUACAUUGCAGGUUUUAUGUGGUUUAUUCUUACAUUGAAGAAGAAGAUGUACAAGUAUCAAUUUGGCCAGUAUGCAUGGACACAUAUGAUUCUGAUUGUGGUAUUCACACAGUCAUCCUUUACUGUGGCCAAUAUCUUUGAAGGAAUUUUCUGGUUUCUUAUUCCAGCAUCACUUAUUGUUAUCAAUGACAUUUUUGCUUAUAUCUUUGGUUUCUUCUUUGGAAGAACCCCUUUAAUCAAAUUAUCACCUAAGAAAACAUGGGAGGGGUUUAUUGGAGCGUCUGUUACAACUAUCAUCUCUGCAUUUGUGCUUGCAAAUAUCUUGGGUCGUUUCCAGUGGCUAACCUGUCCAGGAAAGGAUUUAUCAACUGGUUGGCUUCAAUGUGACCCAGGUCCAUUGUUUAAGCCUGAUAAUUAUAUCUUACCAGGAUGGAUUUCGCAAUGGUUUGCUUGGAAAGAGGUCUGUGUUUUGCCUGUUCAGUGGCAUGCUUUAUGCUUUGGCUUGUUUGCAUCAAUUAUAGCACCUUUUGGGGGAUUUUUUGCAAGUGGUUUUAAAAGAGCUUUUAAAAUCAAGGAUUUUGGUGAUAGUAUUCCUGGGCAUGGUGGAAUUACAGAUAGAAUGGAUUGUCAGAUGGUGAUGGCAGUAUUUGCAUAUAUCUAUCACCAGUCGUUUGUUGUUCGUCAAGGUAUCUCAGUCGAAAUGAUCUUAGACCAGAUAUUGACAAAGCUUACGUUCGAAGAGCAGCAAAGUCUUCUUAUGAAGCUGGGGCAGAUCUUUCAGGAAAGACUUCAACAUUCCUAAAUAUGCGGGCAUAAUUCUGUAUUGCUUGCCCAUCGUGUUUUAAUUUGUAACAGCAAAAGGAGGAAAAGAAAAUGCUGUAUAUGGUCUUUGUUGCGUUUCAUGUUUUCUCCAUUCAAAUACUUUUAGGCAGAAAGUAUUCUUUA